AUGACGAGCUCAAGCCGACUGCUGCUGGUCGCGUGUUGCGCCGCGCUGCUGUCCCUGUCGCUGCCUGUGGACGCCGCACUGGAUGUGGACAUGAAGCUCGUAUCCUCACGAGUGGCGCUGACGGCGGGGGCGAUGGAAGUGGCCGUUGUGGUGACGCCGAAGCAGCCCAAGUUCAAGCAGUUGGCGCUCGAGACGCUGGUGGACACGUCGGGUGCUACGGUACUGUCGGGACUGACGCUCGAGGGAGACGGGAGCAAGUUCGUGACGAAGCUGACCGGCGACGAGAAGCUCAAGGCGGGUAUGUACAAGCUCAAGGUAUCGGCCGUGGACGAGGACACGAAGCAAAGCACGCGCCAGGUGCUCCAGCUCAAGGUGACGACGUCUGUGGGCGUGGCAAGUGCCAGCGUGAAUGGCGAGACGCUCCAGCUGGGCGACAAGCUCACAGGCCAGAAGUACAAUGCUGCAGCUGAUAGCACGCUCAAGAUGAAGGUGAAGCUCCAGCAGACACACGACAAGAGCCCGAUCAUGGCGCACCAGGCGUUCCUCCGUUUUACGCACACUUCGACAGCGACCGACACGUACUUUGUGCUGACGGCCGACGCGGCUCACAUCCACAGCACGACUCUGCAGUUCGCGGCGCUGAGUAAGAAGUUUGGCUACCACUCGGGCAAACACCACGUGGAGCUUAUUUUGGGCGCGUCUGCGUUCGAGAAGGCGAUCGUCUGGGACCUGGGCCACGUGGAGCUGCAGCUCGGUGCGGCGCCACCUGAGACGCCGUCGCCACUCUACAAAAAGCCUCUGCAGCAUGAGAGUGACACGACAUUGAAGGCGCUGCCGGAGAUCCAGCACAUCAUGCGUCAAGAGGACCCCCGUCCGUCCAUGACCGUGUCCCUGCUCUUCACGGGUGCUGUGCUAGCUCCUCUAGCGUUUUUCAUGCUGUUCGUGGCGCGCCUCGGCCUCAACGUCAAGCGCUUGUUCGAAAGCUCGGUCUUCGCCUAUGGCUGCGUGUUCCUGGCGUCGUUGGGCUGCAUCUUGGCGCUUUUCGGCUGCUACUGGCUCAAGCUGACCAUGUUCCGGACGUUGGGUUACCUGAGUGUGCUGGGCUUUGUGAACUUUUGGUUUGGCCACUUGACGCUCAAGCGCCUUGCGGAGAGACGCGUCCAGAAGUCUACUAAGAUCGAAUAG